AUCAAAUGGACGCCACAACUCUUUCGAGAUUGUCAGAGUUUGAAAAAGAGAAAAAGUUUUAUGAUGCUCUUCAAUUCUACCGGACCAAGGUCACACGCAGUUUCCGAUUGAAAAAUGCAAAUGAAGUGGCUAUUCCACUCGUUAAACACGCACUGGAAUUCUUCUUCAGAGAAAAACAAUAUCAAUGCGCCAUCGAUAUCACCACACAAUAUGCCGAGUGUCUCUCGAAAAAUAACGUUGAUCUUGGAGAAGAAGCCUUCAAUAUUCUUGCUGAUAGCGUCUCAAAGUUCGCUAAUUUUGCAGAGAUUGAGAACGAGGCUGGAAAUUCAGAACCCGAACAGUUGUUGAACACUGCACGUUGUAAAUGUGUUGACUUGGCCAUUCAAUGGACAAAGCAAAAAGCAACCACUCCGAUUGAGAAGAAAUACGGUUCCGCAGCCUUUCAUACUGUUCUCGCCAAAAAGCUAGUUGCCGUCGAUCAUGUGGAACUUGCCAAAAAUCAUUUCUUGCUUUCCGAUGACUUUAAAUCAUUCGCCAAUUUCCUUCACCAAGAAUAUGAAAGCUUUAAACAAAAAGAGUCUGAACCAGAAGUCAUUAUUGUUGAAGCCGUUUUUCAGUCACUCUGUCUCGAUCGUUUCCCAUUUGCCGUAUCUCUUUUCACUGAAUACGUGGCUCCUGCCAAGUAUCCGUUCACAAAGCCAUUGCUCAAUUUCCAGCACAUAUUAUUUGACGUUAUUGAGACGGAAAACCAACCUCAAUAUUCGGAGCUCACCUCUAGCUAUCAAACAGAAUUGAAAAGGUCCCUCGCAUUCAUUGGAUAUCUCACGAGAAUUGGGAAGCUCUAUUUCGGAAUUCGUGAUAAUCAAUGCAUGAGCGGCGGUCUGGGUGGACUUUUUUCAGGACUUCUUGGUGGUCAAAAAGAGGAAGAAACUGCAACUUCUCAUAUCACUUCUCGGACUCCAGCUCGUCAAAAGCCAGCUGCCAUGUCUCAACCUUCUCCAUUCGGUCCAUUUGGCGCUCUUGCUGGUGCACCGGCUCCAGCUCCAGUUCCAAAGAAAAUUCAAAAAGUUGAAAUGGAAGAGGAUCUCGAUUAAGUUUAGAUUUCAUGUUAAACUAUACCUUUUCUUAUUGAAAAUUGCUCCUUAUUUACUGGAAAUAUUCCCCGAUUACCCCUUUUUGUUCCGCUCUUCUUUCAUGUGAUAUUGGGUUUAACUGAUGCUUUUUAUUGAAUAUAAAAAUUCGAGUUUA